CGACGUCGCGCACAUGAAAAGAUAAACGUUUAGAUAAGAACGAGAAGGGCUCAGUUUUGCUGCAGUGUUUCACGUUUCGUGAUGGCGGACGACGCGCAAGAAGUCGAUAUCCACGACGGAAUAUUGUCGCGAGUGUUUUGGGGUAACGAGGAUAAAGGGAUUCGCGAAUUGCGGGUGGAAAAUCGCGACGUAAGUGAGGUUGAUGUGAAUUUGUUCGAAAACGCACCGAGCAACGUCGAUUGCAUCGACCUCCGUGGCAACAAUAUCGAGGAAAUAAAGGACGGAACGUUUCGUAAACUCUGCAAUACCAGCAAACUCCUCUUAUCGAGGAACAAGAUAUUCCGAAUAGGAGGGAAAAAUUUCGAGGGACUGAGAAACCUCAGGGAACUGAGACUGUCCAGGAACAGGAUAGAAGAAAUUCCCGCCGACGCAUUCGGCGAGGUCCCCUUUCUCGUUAGUUUGAAUUUGUCGUACAACGAUAUCUCCGCGGUCGACGUCGACGCUUUCAAGGGACUCGGACGACUCGAACAUCUGGAUCUGAGCAACAACAACAUCACGUUCAACGAACCGAUUUUCGACGAUCUCGAUCACUUGAAAUCACUGGUACUUUCGUGCAACGUUAUAUCGGACAUUAGCACGAAGACUUUUUACAAUUUGCAACGUUUGCGAGAACUCGAUUUACAUCUCAUAAGAAUCACGGAACUCAGGGACGGGGUAUUCAAGAACCUCUCGUCUCUGAACAAAUUGACUCUCUCAUGGGGAAAACUGUACGCUAUACACCCGGACGCUUUCGAGGGUCUCGUAAAUCUUGAGACACUCGAAUUGAACAGGAAUCAACUGACCUGCGUACCCGACGGUAUAUUCCGCCAUUUGAUCAGCUUGAAGAAACUCGUACUCUCCUACAACGAUAUAACGGACGUGGAAACCAACGCUUUCGAAAGUUUGACCAAUUUGAAGGACCUCAAUUUGAGCAGAAAUCAAAUCGCCCGACUGCCGGACGAAGUGUUCAAAAAAACUACCUCAUUGACUCACCUAAAUCUGUCUUGGAAUCAACUGUCGAACGGCUUGACCAACCGCACGUUCGUCGGACUGGUGGAUCUGGUGGAACUCGACAUAAGCAGAAACGGCAUACACCUGCUGCAAAAGGAUCUAUUCUCCGAGCUGAAAUCACUCGCCAAAUUAAUCGUAUCGAACAAUUUGAUAGCCGACAUAGAACCGGGAGCUUUCAACAAGUUGAAAAAUGUUGUCGAACUCAAGUUGAACUGGAACUACCUCGUCGCGAUACCCGAGGGUGCUUUCGAAGGACUCGAUUCUCUCGUCACCCUCAAUAUUUCUUACAACAAAAUAAGCGAUCUGGACGCCGCCAGUUUCAAGGGGGUUGAAAACUUGAAAAAUUUAGACCUCUACAAAAACAAACUGGAGAUGUUACCGGACGACGUCAGUAGGCUCCUGAAAUCUAUCGAGAAAUUAAAAAUAACUUGAGACUUUGACUCGUCGUUUUACAACGUACUUUUUGUUUUUUUCAUCGGCAUCGCUAUCUCUCGAAUUUCGGUGCGGCGUUAAGCCACGACAUUUGUACCGUCAGAUUAGAGUUUAGUAAUAGGGUAAAGUUUACAAUAGAGUAAUUAAUUGUACGGACAGUAUUAUCUUUAUAAGCUGUAUGUAUUCUCAACGGUGUCUGAAUCGUGAUAAACUUUAAAACACCUCGGUGCAGAUUAUUAUCGAUCACGAUCGGAUAGAACGAAAUUAUAGAAGCCCAACUACACGUCGCACGUUCUCUCGAAUCCAACGAACGUGCGACCUUUGUAAAACCAAUCGAAAUACAUGUAACGAAAAAGAAAAAAAACCGAUCAAUUCGUCUGUGUUCAAAAUAUAUUAUG